GGCCUUGGUCCAGCUGGCACUGAGCACUGGCUCAGGGGCAGGUUAGGAAUGGAGACCGCCCUAGCGGCAAGAGCAGACUUCUGGCCGUUGUUCCCAUCAGUGGAAUGGGCCAUGAGGGGGUAGAUGGAUAAUGAACUAGCCCAUCUCAGCAUCCCAGAGGUUCAGUCGCGCGCCCUCGCUCGCCUUCGUGAAGGGCAGAAUGAACUGGCCCGCCUUGCAAGCUAAUCUACGGGUGAGUCUUAGGUCUCUCAGGGCAUUUGGCGCCGUGAGCUGCAAGUACGGUAGAAGCAGAGGACCGCCUACUCCAGGCAAUACGGCAGCGGCUCCUCCCUUGGCGCGGUCACGUCCCCCACGUCCCGAGUCCGCUUGGGCGGAGCUUCCUUCCCUAACCCGACCCAUUGAACCCCGCCCAGGUCGGCUGGACCACUAUCUCCAGUCGGUUGCCGCCCUCUGAUCCAAGCCCCACCCCCACUCAUACUUCGGCCAUCUCCAAACCUGUAUCUCCUCUAUGCCAGACAGUGAUGGGAGUUGGAGGGCGCUUAUGACUUCCGAGACUCCCUUUAGCUUUAAUCUAGAUUCUGGCUUUAGGGAGGAGGGCUGCAUGAGAAUCGAGGGCUCCGUAAGAUGCUCUUGUGGAGGAGUGGACCGUGCAAUGUUCAGCAGGGCCUUGGUGGAACUUUGCAAAGAAGGGUCUCCCACAGUAAGCCGGAGCAGGUCCCUAGGGCUGCCCCAUUUUGUGACAGCCAAGGUUCCUCACAAGAAGGGGGAUCUCAGGGCUGAGGUGGUGUGAUGGUUGGUUCUGGGCAACUGUCUAUUUUGGCAAACAAGAGUACUGUUUGGCAGCACACCAUUUGUGGAGAGAGACGAGUAGGCUGGACUGAAUACUCAGGUCCGAGGCCGCCCUCGCUGCAGCUCAGUUCUUGGUGAAAGCAGCCCUCCUGGCUAUGGGAGGGGCUGUGGUGGACGAGGGUCCCACCGGCAUCAAGGCCCCCGAUGGGGGCUGGGGCUGGGCCGUCCUCUUUGGCUGUUUUAUCAUCACGGGUUUCUCCUACGCCUUCCCCAAGGCGGUCAGCGUCUUUUUCAAGGAGCUUAUGCAUGAGUUUGGGAUUGGCUACAGCGACACGGCUUGGAUCUCCUCCAUCCUGCUGGCUAUGCUCUAUGGCACAGGACCGCUCUGCAGUGUGUGUGUGAACCGCUUUGGCUGCCGGCCUGUCAUGCUUGUGGGUGGCCUCUUUGCGUCCCUGGGAAUGGUGGCUGCGUCCUUCUGCAGAAGCAUUAUCCAGAUCUACCUCACCACGGGGGUCAUCACUGGCUUGGGUCUGGCUCUCAACUUCCAGCCUUCCCUCAUCAUGCUCAAUCGAUACUUCAACAAGCGUCGCCCUAUUGCCAAUGGGUUGGCAGCGGCAGGCAGCCCAGUGUUCCUUUGUGCACUGUCUCCACUGGGGCAGCUGCUGCAGGAUCACUAUGGUUGGCGGGGUGGCUUCCUCAUCCUGGGGGGCCUACUGCUCAACUGCUGUGUGUGUGCUGCGCUCAUGAGGCCGCUGGUGGCACCGCAGGUAGGCGGAGGGACUGAGCCCCGCGGACCCCAGCGGCCACCUCAACGCCUGCUAGACCUGAGUGUCUUCCGAGACCGCGGCUUCCUCAUCUAUGCCGUGGCCGCCUCAAUCAUGGUGCUGGGACUCUUUGUGCCUCCGGUCUUUGUGGUGAGCUAUGCUAAGGAUAUGGGUGUACCCGACACAAAGGCCGCCUUCCUUCUCACCAUCCUGGGCUUCAUCGACAUCUUUGCCAGGCCCACGGCUGGUUUCAUAACAGGCCUCAAGAAGGUGCGGCCCUACUCUGUCUACCUCUUCAGCUUUGCCAUGUUCUUCAAUGGCUUCACUGACCUGACAGGCUCCACAGCCACUGACUACGGUGGCCUGGUGGUCUUUUGCAUCUUCUUUGGCAUCUCAUAUGGCAUGGUGGGCGCACUACAGUUUGAGGUGCUCAUGGCUAUCGUGGGCACUCAGAAGUUCUCCAGUGCCAUUGGUCUCGUGCUGCUGCUGGAGGCCGUGGCUGUGCUCAUCGGACCCCCGUCAGGAGGCAAGCUGCUGGAUGCAACCAAAGUUUACAAGUAUGUGUUCAUCCUGGCGGGGGCCGAGGUGCUCACCUCCUCCCUUGUGCUGCUGCUGGGCAACUUCUUCUGCAUCGGGAAGAGGAAGAGGCCCGAGGUGACAGAGCCUGAGGAGGUGGCCUCAGAGGAGAAGCUCCACAAGCCCCCUGUGGACGUGGGAGUGGACUCGAGGGAGGUGGAGCACUUCCUGAAGGCAGAGCCUGAGAAAAAUGGGGAGGUGGUUCAUACCCCGGAAACCAGCGUGUGAGCAGCCUGGCCGGGCGGGCAGGGAGCAGGGAAGAGGUCCAGAGACUGGCAACGCUCAUAUUUAUUUCACAAACAGGACCAGCUGAGGGCGGGCGGGGCCAUCGGCUCAGCUCUUGGCUGCCUGGUCAGCCGGUCAGUGUUUUGCGGGGAGAGGUGGCGGGGUGGGAACCGCGUCAUUCCAAAGUGGAUCUGCGGUGAAGCCAAGGAAGCCCCAUAGUUAUCAGCCACCUAAACCAGGGACCCAGCCUGCUGAGCCCAAGCAGCCUGUGGCUCCCCCGCCCCCUCCCCACCCUCCAUCCCCACUGUGGCCAAGGACCUAGAAACCCACACUUAGGAGACAACACGACUUUAAUCAGAGGGCAGGGCUGGGACAGGCUGGCAGGUGGACACUGCCUGCAGGGUCUUCCCUGAUCCCACCAUCCUACCUACGCCCCCCCUCCCCUCAGCCCUAGUCUCCUCCAUUGACAGUCAUCCAUCUCUGCCUAAGGGACAAAGAAAUCCUUCUACCUGAGAAGGCAGAAAUAGACCUGCCCGUGGGAGGAGCAUCAAGGGGCCUGUCUCUAGGAGCUGUGUGGUUCUGGGCAGUGGUCUGUUCACCCUGAGUCCCACCCUUUGUUAAAUAACAAACUGCUGAUUCUUAAAAA